UGUGUCAUAAUGAGUUGUAAUUUAAGUUUGGAAAGAGUAGUGAUGAUGUUAAGACCGGAGAAGGCGUGUUAAAACGCGAAAACCACACAAGCGAAGCAAGUAAUUGCAUUAAAGAGAAAAAUUGUAAAAUAGUGAAAAUAUUGUUUGGGAUAACAAAUAGCCAAUUUGUGUUAAUUUGAUUCGAUAUUCAUUACUUGACGCUGCUCAAGAUAAGUUUCGCGAAAAUCUAAUCGUGGAAGGAGUCGAAAUUGAAUUGACAAGGAUUGAUAUUGUAAAUAAUAUAAAAGUACAACGAUUGAAGUUAUCAGAAGAAUGAAAUAGUUGAAAAUCAAAAUAUAAACUAUAACCUAUCUGUUUUUAACUCGCUAUUGUUUUAAGUUGUCGUUUUUGGAACCGCGUGACUAUCGAUGCAUCGAAGCUGUGCUGUUCAAAUGUGAAAAAUCUGACAAAACGGCAUUUUUACACAAGUGGUUAGCAACAAAAUUGUGAGAAACCAUUAACAAUAGUUGGGUACGUUUAAACUACACCAUAUAAACAACUGAAAUAGAAAAUAAUUUAUCAAAAAAAAAAAAAAAACAAAAAAAAAAAAAAAUCGAAAAAUAUAAGUGCAAAAUCGUAACAAAUAUCAAUACUUGGUAUCGGCUUCUGCGAUUAUAGCCCAAGCAACGUUAAACCUUGUGUGGUUAAAGAGCUGUGAAAGAUCGGUGCGGAUUUGGAAAGCAGGAACAUUACUCUUUGAUACGUUAGAUUAAGCUUUAAAAGAAAGUUCAAAUAACAGAGCGUUUUCUUUGGUUUAACUCAGUUUUAAAUUUCACCUAUUAAAUUUAAAGGCGGUUGUAAGUGAAAAAAGAUCAAAAAAGAAGGCAAUUCGCGGUGUCCACGUUUCUAACACCGAAAACUCAAGUGUAGCGCAUAGUGAAGGCAACUUUCUGUAAUUUUGAAAAUUAAACAUAUCUAAACGAAAGUAAGUUUUCCAUAUUCCGUAAAGUGGGUAGAAAGAAAAAUUCUUGAAAUUUUUCCAUUCGACGAAAAUUAAGGAAAAUCGUUAAUUGCCAGCCAUUGUGCGUUCGUAUACAAAACAACUACAUAUGUAUAAGAAACGACACACCACGAAUCGCAGACAUAACUGGAAUUUAGUACACGAUAGAGUGAGAGCAAUAGAACCAUUUGUGAGUUUACAAAAAAAACAAACACGAAUACGCUCCACAAAGUGAAAAUAUUGCAGUGCAACAGCCAAAUAGAAAAGUGCGGUGGAAAGGUUUACAAAACGAAAAGACCACUCAUAGAUGUACCGCCAUAACCAUCCACGAAGCGAAGGAUCAUACAGAAGGACUAGAAUACGAAGGAGAAGCGUAAGCUAAUGAGUAAAGUAGCUAAAGAAAGCUUAAAACAAAAAGAAAAAUCAACAGACUGAUUAACAAUAUAAAACAAAAUUAUAUAUAUAAAAUAUAUGUAUAUGUUUAUACAUAGUAAUAUAUAUAAAUAAUUAUAUGUAUGUACAUGUAAAUAAGGAAGAAAUCACAAAAGAGGAUAACAAAACAUAAGUAAGCAAAGAUAGAAAAGCAGGCAAGAAGAUAGUAGAGCAGCAGAAAGGAUUGUAAGUUUUAAGCGAAAUAGGGGAACGAGAGUGCUUACGGAACCGAAAGCAGCAGGUAGAAGUGGUAAUCACGACGAAAGUGCCGGCCGCACUCCGCUCCGAUUUAUUACUUAAGCGAGCAAUAGUUGAAAGACAUCAUCAAUAGCAGAUUGAGUGUGGUAGAGGAAGUACGUACAGAACGUCUGAGAAGGAUCCCUCACUAAGUAAACUGAAGAGCCAAGAAGGAUAAAACGCAAAUUACCGUUGAUUUUAUUGUGUGUGAUAUUUAAAAAUUAAGCAUUAAUAUAAACGCUAAUCAUUGAAAAGCUAAGCGGAGUGCGCAUAUUAAAAUAAAAUACCAAGAAGACGAACAUCAAUAAAAAGGUUAGAGUUAAACUAAACACUGGAAAUCACAACAAAUACGUUCAGCUGUAGCGGGAAGAAGCAGAUCAAGCAGAGGAAGCUGAAUAUAAAACUUUAACUAUGACAUACUCGCACAAUAGCGUUAGUAAUAAUUUAAAAAUGACAACAACCGCAGCAGCAGCAGCAACGACAAUUCGUUUAAAAAAAGUGUCGAAUGUUGGUGGAAGCGGUGGAGGUGGUUUUUGUGGCAAUGGCGGCCGCAACUCUCCGCCAUUAAUAACGCCAACCGUAACUGCACAUUCCAACAGUAUUGCCAGCAGUACAAAUUAUCAAUACGAUUACCAACAACAGCACGUGUUGAGUUCUUCGCCGCCUGGUUGUCCCAUGUCGUCAGGAGCGUCGACGUCAUCGAAUUGUAGCGAUUCGUCGUUAGGCUCUAGUGGCUUUGGUGGCAAUUUUUCGUCGCGACAACGGAAGCAGCAACAGCGGAAACAACAACAACAACAGCAUCAGCAAAGUGGCUCUCCCCAGCCGACAAGCGGCAGUGAUAGUGGCGUGUUCUUUAGUAAUAAUCAUAAUUACCAGUCGCAUUAUGGCGGCAGACGUGGCGCUAGCGGCCACAAGCAACGCGAGGGCCAGAGGUCGCCCAAUGCACAGCAGCAGCUGUUGCAGCAGCAAACAACCCGUCAAUCACCAGCUGUAAUAUUGGGCGGCGGUGGAAACCCGGUGGUAAUUAAUAGCAACGGCGGCAGCGCCAGUCGAAAGCAACGCGCAAAAUUUGCUAUGAACAAUAGCCCCUUAUUCGGUAAGGUCUCGCCAACUCAAAUGCUGAUGCCGACUGCGUUGACGCAUUUCGCUGGGAGUAAAUGCUUUGAUGCACCGGCGCCCACAGCGCUACCCAAACCGCCGCAACAUUGGACGCUGACCAAAGCGGAACUGAAGGCAGCCAGCAGCGCUGGACCCGGCCUGCACAGUGUGACGACAGCACGCAAUCCAGCACUGGCAGCAGAUGCACACACCUGUGGUGGCCACGUCGUUAAGCAUUCGAAGCGCAACUUGCUCGACGAUUUCGAUACGCACAAUUUGAAGUUGCUCUUAAAUGUGCAAUCGUAACCACUACGCAUGCCAAAUAGUCCACGAACAAUUUAAAUCACCAUUAACUAGCAAACAUCAAAAAAUAAAACAACAACAAUAGAGUAAAUAUCUCAGUUAUGAAACACACGUAUGCAAGGAAGAUGUGAUAUUCGCAAUGAACCAUGCAUGAGUGCACCGCAAAACAAAAAACAAAAGCAAGUAAAUAUUAAAUCAAAAUAAACAUCAUUUAAUAUAAAAGAAAACAAAACAGAGUUUUAACUGGAACAACUUGAAUGCAAGUUUGCAAUACAAAUGCCGUGAUACAAUUGAAAACAAAAUCUAAUUAAAAUAAAACAUUUGUACGUGGAGAAGCUGCGUAAACAAAACUUACGACACAAAUAAAAAAUGCUUGUGAUCUCAAGUGUAUAGUAAAAAUGAAAUAUCUAAUUUUAUUAUAUGAUAAAUUGGCUGAACUAUAGUCAAAAAUGUAACAUGCAAUUCACAGCUCAAUCGCCGAAAAUGCAAAAUUCCAAAAUUUAAUAAUUUACAUUAUUCUAACUGUAUUUCACAUAAAUGGAACUUAAUAUAAAUCUCGUAUUUUCGCUACGAAGGUUAAAGAAAAUUUUAAAAUACGAAUUGAAAUAAAGUCAGUGGACAUAAAAACAUGUAUCAGCUUCAGUAAAUCGUAGAAAGAUAUCAAUAGAAAGCAGUGAAGCAACAACAACAACAGUAAGACUCUAGAUUCCACUAAAGAAGGUACGAUUGCAAAUUAGUGUGAGUUAUUCGUACCUUGUUGUUGCAGGCGAAACUGAAAUUACAAAGAUGAAAAUAUAAUAAUAGUGAACUCCAUCAACCCACCAACAAAAUAAAGCAAUUCGAUGCAAAACUUUGAAAAUUAAUAUUAUAAAUAUAAAGUAAACAAAAGUAAACAAAAUGCAAUAAAAGCAAUGAAAACACAACGAGCAACAUAAAUACCAUUUAAGCUGUGGCCACGGGUGUGAGCAGAAAGGGAUGAGACGUGCUAUGUUGUGCGUGUGAAGGAACACAUUGUGUAAAAAACAGGACAACAGCAGUUGCAGCUGCAGACGAAGAAGAAAAACUCAUAAGCAACUCAACAACAAAUCAGCAUUAACAGCGGCAUUAGAUGCAAUAAGGAACGGAGCAUCCGGAGCAUCUGUCAAGUGGGAAAUUUGGGAAACGAAAUGAAAUUUCCUCAGCAAUGGCGGCACACAACAUACAUUUUGUGCAACGUAUACCAAAAUUUAUUUUACUUAUAAAAAACAAGAUUCUCAUUAUGCGUAUUAAAUUUUAAUAUUUUGUAAUUUUAAAUUUGUAAACAAAUUUCAACUGUAGAUUUGUAUAAUUUUAAAAACUUCUCUUAACAUGCAAACCCUAGUAUGUACAACCAAAUGUUGUUAUUGCGUCAACAUAUCAAACUCUGAUGUAUUUUUAAUAUUUUUGUUUCUAUAUUUUAGAUUUAUAUCCUAUGUCAGUAUUUGAAAGUCGGAUUCAAGUGCGAUCUUAAUUAUGAAAAUUUAAAAAUGAAAGUUCAAAUAAUCCAAUCCUGCUUUGAAUACGAUUUCAGGCGAAACACUCAACUUUUUAAUAUUGUUUUUCUUUACGUGUACUCGUAAUACAUACAAACACUACUUGUGCAUAUGAUGCAGCAAAUAAAAUUAAAGUCCCUUUAUUAACACAAAUUUUGAACUUGUUGGCGCAUAUAAUGUGUUUCUUGUACCUUACAUUUAAAUGCAAUUGUAAUUUAAAGAACAACAACAUAUUUAUAUUUAUUUAUAGUUUUUCUACCUUUAAUACAACAUCCUCAUAAUAACUAAAAAAAACUUGAUUACUUAACAUUUACAUUUACAUGGAUGUGAUCCAUUUGUAUUAUAAACAAACAUGAAGGCAACUGUAUGUACCCAAGCUAAUGUAAUAUCUAAUGUGCUAUACAUUUUGAAAUAUUUGUAUUAGCAAAAUAAUGUACAGACAUGUAUUUGCAGAAAUAACAAAAACCCAAAGAUAAAUGUUAACAAUUUUUAAACUAGAGAACUAAAAUAAAAAUUGUUUAAAGAUAUAUUUUUCCGUCAGCAAGUAGAGGGAAAAACUACAAUAAAUUUAAAAUAAAAUAAAUAACAUAACAAUAGAUAAAAGACAAAACCAAAAGGCCGCAAGGCUCAAAAAAGAAUAAAUGCGCUUAAUUUAUUGAUACAAGACAGAUUUUAUUCGAAAAGACGCCUGCCAAAUAAUGCAAAUCUGAGGAAGAAGAACUGCAGCGCAAAUUAUAAGAAAUCGUAAUAAACAUAAAUUCGUAAAAGUACCCAAGUCCUAGGCAAACAUCAACACACCCAAUUCAGUACGCCAAUUUACACAUCUAUUUAUACAAACAUAUGAAAAUAAUUGUGAGUAGAGAUGCAUUAGCAUCUUGAGUUACGCUCUAAAAUCGUGAUGAUAUCCAGCGAACUGCAAAAUAAACCAUUCAGCAGAAUUUUUAAAAAAGUGUAAUUUUGAAAGAAAGCUAGUCCUUUGUGCAAAACAUUAAAACAUUAACAUUAAACAGUGUUUAGAUGUAUAAUUUCAUAAUAUAUUUUCCGAUCUUUAAAUAAUAAUACAACAAACAAAAAAAUUAUCGCAAAAAUUUAAAUAGUAAAUUGUAUACAACUGCCUUAAGAACAGUAGCCUGAUAGAGUGUGAUGAUUGUUUGCAGCUAAAGAGGAGCACUUAAGCCCAGUACCUUGUUUUUUAUAGUUCAUAAUGAUUAAGUUUUUUUUUUGGGGGGGAACAAUGGAUGGAUAUUUCUAACCGUCUUACAAAUGAUUUAUAUUAAAUGGAAUUGUGAUGGAAAUUUAAGCAUUUGCCGGAAACCUGGCACAACAAUGUCCGAUUUAAGAUUAAGAAAAUUAUAAUAUUAGAAUAAAUAUGCUAAUGAUUUGACAGCCUUUGAAGCAUUCACAUUGUUAAUUAAUACACAAACAUCGAGCAAAGACUCCCGAUACAAACAAUAACAACAACAACAACACAUAGUCGACAACGAGCAAACACAUCCUUGUGAAAAUAUUGAUAUGACGACUAUAUUUGUUGAAAUGCCAGUAAUUGCUGUUAAAGAGAAUGCUUCGAAAUCCGCUGCCAACAUAAAUGCACUGAAUCUGAACUGCUGUUGCCAAUAUUAGACAAUUAAAUGCAAAAAAUGGUAGUUGGUUUGAAUUUUGUGAUGCUAUAGUAUAUACGUAUGCUAGUAUGCUAGUAUGUAUUGAAUGUAUUGUAUUUUGCUUACUUUUUGUUAACAUUACAAAUUACAAAAAUUACCAAUGAAAAUUGUAUGUUGCUACUUUGUGAAUUUUUUGGAUUUUUGUGAAUGUUCCGUACAAUAUAAUUGUUGAACUCCGUAUGUAAUGUAAUGUAAUGUUAGUAACAUAAUACAAAAACAAAUGUGCAUUUUUCUACGCCUUCUUCCAGGAAGGGGCAAGAAAGAAUCAUCAAAAUAUUAGUGUUUGAGAGCGCGCGCAUAAUAUAAUAUUAUUAGUUAAAGUGAAAAGUUGUAUGUAAAUGAGUGAUAAGGGAAGGGAGAGUAAUGCAUAAUAUGAACAUUUGAGAGGCGCCUCAUUGGUAGUGGUGUGCGGAUGGUUGUACUACACAAAAUUGUUAAUUUUAACAAUGCCAUUGUAAAUUGUAUGUGGUACAUGAGAAGUGAACAAACUGGAACUAUGUUGAUGACUUUAUUUAAGUUCAUUUUGUUUUGCUACAUACACUUUAUUAGCACACAAACCUAAACGCACGACACAACAACACAUAUGCAUCAAAUUGAAUUUGCAUUUUAAGAUUUUCUUUUCCAAGCAUAUUCAUAUGUACAUAUGUACAUAUUUGUGUAUACAUAAAUGUAUGUAUAUAUAUAGACUUUUUCAGAGCAAAAGAAUAGCUGCAAAUAGAUUGUCCGAAUUUAUUUCGAAUUGACAAGUGAGAGUAACAACAACAACAGCAACAAAAACAGUACAACAAUCGUUUGCAAUAUCUUUAACUGUGAAAGAGCCUUUAAUUGUAAAAUUGCAAAAUAAAGUUAUUUUAAAUUUUUAUUUCUUUAAAUACUCUAUUAUUUGCAACAUUUCUUAAAUAGUUAAAUGUAAAUUCACCAUAUCUUGCUGCAUUGCUUAAUUCUAUUGAAAAUGAAGACGUGAUAUUUGAAUGCAAUCAAUAUUUUUAUUUAUUUUUAGUUUGCCAAUUUUUUUUCAAAAUGCGCAUGAGCAGUGCUCACGGUAACUUCAGGAAAAAGAAAAGAAAAAGAGAAAGAAAAAAAAAACAAAUGAAAACAAAACAUUGUACGAAUGAAAAAUACCUUGAUACAAAAAUAUAUAUACACACACACAUACCCACAUUAAAUAGAAAAACUAAGAAUUUUGCAUUUUUAAGAUGUAAGUUUUUUGUUAAUGAUUUUGUUAGUUGUGUAAAGUAAUAGUAAUCGUAUAUACAUACAUACAUACAUACAUAUAUUCCUGCUACUCAACUUCGUCCUCUUAUAGCUACUAAAUUAUUAACUGACUUUGCAAGCAUUGCGCUUUAUAAAUUUCAUACAACAACAAUAUUCAGGCAUAAUCAAAACGCAAAAUUAAAAUUUCACUAUUUCGCUUUUCAGAGAUUUUCAUUCUACAUUUGCAUUAGAGUGGUCGCCAUUUGUUUCUGUGCUCAAUAUUGUUGUUAGGUAAUUGCGCGGAAAGUGUCAAAUGCUACGAUAAAGACGAAUGCAAAAGCAGAAAAAAUUAUGUAAAACAGAAAACAACAAAAAAAAAACACCUUCUAGUACAAAUCAUUGCUCUUGAAGGAGCACAUUGCGGACGUUUUAUUGUAGUGUUUACGAUGGAAUUGUGAUUUUCAAAAUAUGUCUAUUGAAAUGCAGUAACAACAAAGCUUCAACUUAUUUUAAAUAUCGAAAUAUUUAUCAUGCAAAUGACGAGUCGAAAUCAAUUAAUUAACUUUUUAAAAAUGUAUUUUUUGUGCGCGUUUUUUUUUUUUUUUUUUUUUUAAGAGGAAAGGAAAAAAAGUCGUGAGCAGGCUUACUUUUCAAUAAAUAUGGUUUGAAGUGACAUAAAGCUUUAACAAAGACUUGAUAAGUGAAAUUUUAAUAAAGAAAUAAAAAACCAUGUUAAGUUAAAAACGGACAUACAUAUACACACACCCACACACACACACUUACACACACACAUAUACAUAAAUAUUAAUUAUAAAAACAAAAAUAACAAAAGAAAAAACUAUAUCUACCUAUAAAGUACAUUCAAAAACAUACACACACAUGCUCACAUACAAUUUGUUAAUUUUUUAUGCAUUCAACACUUGUAUGUGCGUAUUUCUGUCGAACAGUAAAAACACAGUUGAAUAUAUGCAAAUGCAUUUGCAUAUAUGUAUGUAAGUUCAGCUAAGUAUGUGCACAUACAUAAGACUAUGUGUAUAUGUACAAUGUGUAUGUGUACAUACAUAGUGAUCGAAGUUGGAGUCGAAGUAGAAGAUGUGGUUGACGACGAUAUAUGAGCAGGGCGCUUUUUUACAAACAGAAGUUUCAAUGAGGAUUCUACAUAUUAACUCCGCACAUUUUUGCCUUUUAGCAAAGAUUUCGCCUGCUGUAAAGAUUUCAUGUCGCAAAAAUGCUACUGGGUGUGUUCGUGUGGCACUCAAUAAAUACAGGAAUAUUGCGACCCUGUUGCUUUUUUGAAGGCCUCUUGCUGAUACUCAGCUGUUUAGUUGCGGUAGUAUUGCAGAAGUUAGUACGCGCUGAAUUUGUUGGUUGAAAAUAUGUAAUACUAAUCUCGUUUUAUUGCUCUUAAUUUUUGCUAAAAACUGUAAAUAAAAAAAUAUUAAGUUUCAAAGUAGUAUUUAUUAAAUAAAUACUUACUUUCUCUCUUCUAUUUCUCCACUGCAGUGAAACAUUUUAAAUUGCAUUGAUUGCGUUUGUGACGACCAUCAGAUUGAAAACAUUUUACUUACAGAAUGCGUGACUGCCGCAAUUAUUACAGUUCGAACACACCCAUAGUUAUCAGGGAACAUUUUUCAAUGCCAGUUUAACGCUGUUGAACUUUUAAACUAAGUUUAAUCCCACAAGAUCAUACUUGGAGAGCGACUAAUGAUUGAAGUGCCAGUUUGGCACUCGUCAAGCGCCGUUUUGAUACGGAGAGCAAUCACUACAUACUAUACCUACAUGCCUGUGUAUGUAAAUAUGUAGUUAUUAACAUAUUUAGUUUACUCAUUGGAUCUUCUAUUUGGUGAAAGAGCGAAUGAUGUAGGCGGAGUGUAUUUUGAAGAUAUGCUCGAAUAUUAUUUUUUAUUUUUAUUUUGUUUUAAUUUUUGUAAAUCUGCGUACCAAUCUUAAAGCUAUUGCUGCUCUACGCAUCGUGCACUGCCUGCCGUUGGUAAUAUGUGGUGUGUGAUGCGUAAAACCUUAGCAACUUUAUUGGCGCUACAAAAAGAAAAUGUAUUAAAAAAUUAAAAAAAAAAAGAAAAAGUAAAAAAAAUUAAUUGUAAAAAAUGUACUUCCAAAAGAGCUAAUUUACAUGUGAAGAGAAGAGAAAGAAGCAAGCGAAGAAUGAGCGAGAAUGAAAUGUAUAAAAGCGCAUGGUUGGUAAGCUGCGCUGGUUGCGGAGAGGAGGAUACGUAAACUGAAGAACGUAAAAAUAAAUAAACCUAUGUUUUUUUUUUUUAAUUCUCUAUAGUAUUGAUAUUGCAUAAUGCAUAACAGUACGCAGAAAUUUUUGCGCAUCGAGAUUUAUAUUUACUCUUCGCUUUGGCUAUACUUCGCUUAGAUACGAAAUUUCUCUUCCAUGAAUCCUUUACUUUUUAAGUUAUAAAGUGUGGUAAAUAGAAAUAUGCAAUUUUGUGUGAUAAAUUUUUUUAACUAAGCACGUUCAAAUUAUGCAAUCACGAGUCAGCCAGUCGGGCAAUAAAAAUGUGCGUUCUUAAUUAAAAAUAUGAAACGAACUUUAAUUUGCUAAUAUUUUUGUUGUAGUUUAAGAAAUGUUUAUGCCCGGAUUUCUCUAACUUCAAAGAAAUUGUAGAACGAAAGUUUCCUUUAAAUAUUUAUUUGUAAUUCAUUUUAAUUUUAAAAAAAAAAAAAAAAAAAAUCAUGUAAAGGCCAUAAUUUUUGGUUUAGUUUAGCAAUUUUAUCCGAACGAAAUACAGAAAAUUAUGUUUAUAUUUUAGAACAUUUGCACUAAAUUAUAAAAUGAAAUGUCUCUGACUAUCAAAAUAGACAAACGAAUCAUAUGAAUAUGAAUGGAAGAAAUGGGAAAACAAACUUACGUCAGCAACAAAAAUUGUAACGAAUUGUAUGAAAUUAUAAGUUGAAAUUGAAAUGGAAAAAGAAAAAAAUAAAAAUAAAAAUAUAUUUAUUGCAUAACUUUUUGUGCAAUAAGUAGUCAAAAAAAUUGUAAAAUUCUGCGAAAAAAUACAUAAUUUUUCAUUAUUCUUUAUUAGUUAUUCAACCUCCAUAAAAAGUGAUAACUUAAACACCAGUUAUAGUAAUUCAAAACCAACAAACGAUAUAUCAAUUCCCAAUCAUCAAAAACUGUUUAUUUUUUAUAAUACAAAAGAAUACAAAAUUCAAAAAACCAAAAAAAAAACAAAUUUGGAAAAAUAGAAACGAAUAUAUUCAAAUAAAAAGUUGUACAAUAUGCUAAAAUUUUACGGUUUUGCAGUUGUACAAUGAACCAAAAAAAUUGUGUUUUUAUUUUAUUAGGUUCCCUUAGGUUUUACAUUUUCGAGCAGAAAGUUUCGUAUGUGCCGUUUUAUAUUUUAAUUAACCACUAAAUGAAUGCAUGAAAUAAAUUCGAAGUUGAGAAGUGAAGUGAGCUUUUAAUAAAAAUAAUUGGAUAACAUGUCAUUAAUGCGUUCUUUCAUGCAAUUAUCAAUUCGUCAACAACAACAGCAAUAACAACAAUGUUUUUUAACAGCUUUAAUUUUUUCACCCAUAAAAAUAAAGUCGGCUAGUACUUGGAAGAUAAUUAACUUAUAUUUAUAUGUAAUUACCGAAUGUCGGAGUGAACAUUGGCACCAAAGGCAAGAAGAUUGCACAUUCGAAAAUCAAAAUACUCAGCUGAUUGAAAAUGUUGCCGGGCAAAUUCAAUAACAAACAACAAUUUAUUUUUUCUUUUCAUACAUACCUACACACACACACGCACACACACACGACUCUUGGGUUCUGGCUUUGUGCCAAAACGUCCACAAAAAUAAAAUGAAAUAAUCAACGCGCAUUUGCGUAAAUGUUUCUUUUAGUAUUCCUAAAAAUGAAAUUUUCUUUUGUUAUGAAAAAGGAGAAAAUAUUUCUGUAUUUCGGUUUUUUAUUCCUCAGUAAAUGUUUGGGAAUUUAUGUACGCAGAAAUACAGCCAAAUAUGUACAAUGAGAUGCUGUUGUUGUGGAAGGAAAUGUUAAAUGUAGAUUUCGUGUAGAAAAGGUGUGUGUGAAGAGCAAAGACAUAAAUUUAUUUUUUUAUAUAUGUGUAGAUAUGAAAUACAUAUAAGUAUGUAUAAGGCAAGUAAGUAAAACGCGUAAGUAAUUGCGGCACAAAAAGGUUUUGAGCGAGAGGAGUCGUUGUUUUAACCUUGGCGCGAAGUCAAUAGACGUCAUGAUUGACAAUGAGAGCAUGCGGCCACCAAUGAGAUGUUUCACUUAUGUGCAUAUGUAUGCAUGUACUAUGAUUGUCAGGUCUGAUGACAUUGUACGCUUAAAUCGAGAGGCUAAUUUUGUGCUCUUUAUAUUCAAAUAUGCAAGUAUGAAAUGUUAACUACAAAUAAUGCAAGCAAUCAGCAAUGAAGAAGGUGGUUGUGUAUAUACCUAUGCAGGUAUAUGGAUAUGUACAUACAUAUACACCACAUAAUAUUUUAAAUUAACUUAACGAAUAGCACGACAAUAUGAUUAAGACAAUUUGAGUGGUAGCGAGAGAAUGAAACCGAGUGUACUGUUAAUCGAAUGACUGUGUUUUGCUUUACAGUUUAAACAAAAAAUAUAAUAUUACAUGAAUGUUUCAGCUCGGCUAAAUUUUAAGUUGCUCAACUUAUGUACAUACAUUCAUACACACACACACAAACCAAAUAGAGCAUAUGAACUAUACGCAUCACAGCGCCUUCGAUUUUAUUUAACACAAGUUAAUCUGCUGCUGGAAAAAUUUUUGAAUUGAAAUGAAGAAAAUAGUGAGUAUUUUUUAACGGAUAUUUUACGCUCACUUCCUGCACCAGACACUAAUAUGCAUGCAUAUGGUAUAUAGUGAAUCGCACUAAAAAGUGUAUUUAUGCUUUGUAAAGCAAAAUUAUGUUUUCAAUGCUGGAAACUUUAGCAAUAGCGCUAGGCUUUUAAGCAACACUGUACGAAAUGGGAAUGCUGUGAAGGCGGGGUAUUCCGAAAUUAUAUAUGUAUGUACAACCAUGCAUGCAUGCAUGUCUACAUUAUUUUCGAUAUGUAUGUAUGUCCAUAAUUUCGAUACUAAGCUGUUAGCAUUGACAGAAGCUUAAAGAAUUCCCCAAACUUUAAUUAUAUUAAAUGCAAAAUAUUAUACUUGUAUACAAAUGUCAUUAUGUAUGCACAUACAUAUGUAUCGUUACGAAAAUGUUCAAUGGCCCUUAACAGCGUGUUUUCACAUCUUGGAAGUCUAUUUCACACCUCUACCAAUGCAAUUAGUUUACAAAUUAAAGUAAAAAUAACAACUUUACACUUAAUAGAAAGGUGGCUGAUUAUAUUAAAGUUUUAGAAUUGUUUUGCUUCUGUAAAAUAUCAAAAAUUUGGUGAGCGCCUUGUGUAUUUGUCUGAAUGUAUGAUAUCUAUCCAUACUUGCUAAACUCGUAGCCACUACUCGUGAGAGCUGUUCACCGCCUCCUACUUUAAUGGGGGGAAAGCAAAAACAAAGUAUGCAUAAUUAUGGAUAGCAACAAAUUACAAGGAUCUUUUAGGCCGAAAUUUAUUUAGGCUCUCCAUGAGCAGUGCGCUAAUUCGUUAUAAGAGUGACUGAAGUGUUUUUACACCAAACGCCACACAUCGAUAUUUAAAUACACAUGCAUGUAUGUGUGUGCAAGUUUAUGGAAAAUCGUAUUGGGUGCUCGAAAAAUGUGCUUACGUACAUAUGUAUGUAUAUGCUUCUGAGUUUUAUUUAAAUUUCUUCACUACCUUUUGCAAUUUUAAUGCAAAUUUCCACAAAUACAUACAAACUAAUUUGAAAUUGAAAGUAAUUUGCUGGAUUUUUUGUAAUUAUUACCAAAAAAUUGCAACUAAAAAUGUUAUUAGAUAGUACAUUUGUGUCUAUGUUGUUUAAAAAUAUCACUUUGAGAAAUUUGAAUGUAGCAUAUUUUUAAUCAGAUAGCACUAGAUUUUCAUAAAACUGACCUUUUCAUAUAUAUAAAAAAAACACAAUUUUAGAAACUAAAUCUAAAAAAAUAUAUACGUAUAUGUUUUAAAAUGCCUGACGCUGUUUAAAACUAAAAUAGAUUAUUCAUCUAUACAGUGCAUAGAGUGCACGCAGUUCAAUCAAAUGUUAUUGCGUGAAGUGAGGAGUUAAAUUUAGGGAACCCAGAAAAUUACAAAAACAAAAUUAACUUAAAACACCAAAAAUUCCAUUGUUUUGCUAGGUACUCAUGACCAGUGAUACGAGUUUGUGGAAAUCAAAAUUUUCAUAGGUGCUCGCAUACAAUCGUAAAUACACAGGAAUUUACGAGAAUGUGUUUGUAGAUUGGAUAAAAUUCAGGUUUUAAAAUUAUACCUAUUGCGAAGCUCGUUGGUAAAUAGUAAAAUAAGAUUCGUUAAAAUAAAAAAGAAAUAACUGAAGAGAAAGUCAGACAGUGGAAUUAAGCAGCUCAUUUUUCAAUAAAACUUAAUUGUUUGAAAAUGAUGAAAAAACCCCCAUGAAUAGUUGAACUAAAACAACUGCAUGCAAACAUACAUACAUAUAUAAAUACAUACAUAUAUCACAUAUUCUAAAACAAACAAUUCGAAAUUGCGUAAAUCUAAGUAAGGGACGUGGGAGGGUGGGGAACAAGCGCGGACAGCGAAAUUAGUUGUAUGCACACACACAUAUGUAUGUAUGUGAAAUAAAUUGUCAAAGUGUAGUAUUACGAGUAAGUCAAUCAAACGUUAAGUUUCAACAAAAUGUGUAUUUGUAAUAACGAAGUUCGUGGGGACAUUUAUGGAUUUGUGGAACGCAAAAUGAGAACAGCAAACGAAGAAUGUUGGCAUGAGAGUGUAAAUUUUGAAUGAAGAAAACAUAUGGACAUGCAUCCGUUCAAACACAUAUUGUAUAUAAAUACAUAUGAACAUAUAAGUGCAUGCAUACAUACAUAAAACCAAAAACGUAAAAUGUUAUACUGCAAAAAUUUUAAACCUAAAUUAAUGGUUACGAAUAAUGAAACAAACUACAAUCAAUAUUUUCGAAAAUGAAAAAAAAAAACAACAAAUUAAUGCAAACACACAAAAAAAAAAUUAUAAUAAUAAAUAAAAUCAUACCUAAAUUAACUAAUACAAAUAUUACGAAUGUAUAUGUAUAACUAUAUUAUAACUACAAAAUAAUAAUAAUAAUAACAACAACAAGCAAGAGGAACAUAAUGCUAAACGAAACAAGUUAAAAUAUUAGUGUAUUAAUUCUCUGUGAUUUUUGUACUUAAAUUAAAGAAAAUGUAAUGUACAUACAUCUAUACAUACAUACAUACAUAUGUACAUACAUAGUACGUCUGUAAUGAAACGAAACAAAUUGCAGCUACAAUUGAAUUUGUUGUAUGUGGAACAGCUAUUAGUCAAUGAGGGAUUAAAUGUAACGUGAAUUCCUUGUACGCAAUAACAGUACAUCACACGAGCACAAUUUUUAAUCGGAGAUCAAAAAGCUGAAAUCUAAAAACAAAAACAAAAACAACUCAACUGUAUAAGUGAAUUUUUUUUUUUUUUUAUUUAUUCAACUAAAUGCAACUACUGCGUUGAGGAAGCUUGCCCACAAACCACCCGCAUAUCAAUUGAAAUGCAAGUAAAUUUAUGCAUGCAUUGGUUGCUAUUGCGGCGAGAGCUCAAUGCAGAUUGUCUGUUAGCGGCUGAAUGCUUCAAGAAUUGUAUUGUUGUAUGGGCAUGUGCGCUUCAGCUACAGCUGCACAUAUUCCAAUACAGUCGGCGAUUGCAUUGCCAGCAAUAUUUCCCCUAAGUAUGCAAACUUGCUGCGUUAACAUAAUGUGGCGAAAAGUGUAUUUACUUAUACUAUGCUAGAAAUAAAUCGAGGCAGGUUGCUUGAAGAACAUAUUACUUGAACUGUACAAAAUGAAAACAUAAUAACAACAACAAUUAUAUUUAAAACUUACCCAAAGCGAAAAACAAAAACAUUAAUAUGAUAUAAAAAGUAGAACUAAAUGCAUAAAUAUAUAUGUAUAUUUAUUUAAUCGUAAAGAAAAUAGGGAUAAAGAAACAAACCAAAAAAAAAAAAAAAACAAAAAACCAAAAACCAAUAUGUAAAUUAGAAAAAGAAAGCUAUUUCAAAAUGUAAUUAAGUAUAUACUGCUGUCAUUUGGAAAUCAAAUGACGACUUUUGCGCUUGAAUAUUUUUUCCUAUGAAUAUUUUCAAAUUAUCGUAAUCAUGAGCUGGUUUGGUUAUACAUGCAUAUGUAGUUCUCACAUUAUUGGUUUGCAAUAAAAUGUUAAUAGGUAUGCAGAAAAUACAUACAUACACACAUCUAGCUUUAUAUAGUAAGAUUGAGCCACCAGAUACUGUCGUUUAAACGAUGCAUUCACUCACUUUAUUUCAUUUUUCAACAUUGCAACAAUAAAUUCAUCGAAAUUGAUAAUCAAUUAGAAUUUGAGAAAGUGUGACUGAGGACAACUGUUGGCCAUCUGAAUUAAAGAGGUGACUAAAUUGAAGAGCAAUUUUUAAAGCUAUUAAUUUAAAAAUUUAGUGCACAGUCAAGCAUCUGCGGAAAAACCUAUGUAUUUCAUCAAGCCUUAAAUUGUAAAUAAAAGCAACCACAAAUAAAACCCAAUUGGAUGUGAAUAAACCCCAACCAUUUGAAGCCAAGUUUGUAUUAAGCAGCAGAGAUAGAUUAGCAACCAUUUUUUUUUCUUUAAAUCUAUACAAUCGAAAACAUAAUAUUUCCGAUUUUUUGGCUAAAAAUCGUUUUUUAACUAUCAAACAAUAUUCACAUUCAACUAAUUUGGCUUUGUGCAGCAUUUACCUUUGCGCAACAAACCAUCCAAAUAUAAAUAAAAUCAUUUUGUGUACGUAAAAGCUGGCAAACAAGUUUGUGCCCACAUUUUGAAGGAAAUGCCAAUUGACGAUCUAAAAUGUGCUACCAUAUUUCCAGGGAACUCCUCGAGCUCACGCAAAUAGUAUUGUAUAUGCGAUAAACAUUUAAUGAAACAUAACCCUCAAAUCUAGUAAUUUAUUGCACCGUAGAAUGCCGAUUCGGCAGAUAGGCUCCACAGGCCUUUCUCCUAUUAUACACAGGUCAAUUGCCAUUAGUUUGUCAAUUACAUUAGUCAUAAGUAAGCUUCCAACGCUGGUUAGACUCAAUGAGUAUAGAUUACAACAAGGUUGUCAACCGAAGCCAAAUUGUGAGAGUAACUUCGGCUGCCACGUCAUAUGGGGUUCGGCAUCAGAAGUCUGUGCGCUCAUUUCAAACGUAUUCAUACAUACGCCCAAUCAGCCGUUGUUCAGACGGCAACGAACUGAUAUUGUGUUAUUUUUUCGUACACCACUAAUACAUUCUUAGUUUUUUUGGUAAACGAACCGGAUUCAUAACUCCUGCUUCGUCAGCCCAACCCCUGAUUAUGUCGCAUACGCUGAGAGCCCGCUAACGGUCUGAUAUUGCACAAGGGGAAUUGAGUAUUCUAUCAUUCUUGCAUGCCAUUAAACAUCUUUUCCCCAUGCCAAAAAUUGUUUUACGUUCUUCUGCAUUUAAAAAUAUAAACAAGGAGCAUUAGCUUGAUAAUUUCAUAAAAAAAAAUUUCAAUUUGUGUUUUUAAAGCAACAAUUUGAUGAAAAUUAAUCCAAAACUUCGGGUUGCUUUAUUUUUUAUCCUCACCCAAGCAAACAACGCUAGUGUUUUUGUGUGUUAACAAAAUAUUUAUGACAAUCGUUGCAGCUUUCACCAUAAGAAAACAUGGUAAUUAACAUAAUUACAAUAAUUUCAUUGAAGAUGAGUUUUUCAUUUGUUUUUUCCAAACGCUUCCAACUGGCGCCGUGAAAUGCAUACUUACUUUGAUUGUACUUACAUAUGGAGAUUAGCUAAAGGAAUGCAAGCGCGUGCAUAUAGUAUGUAAUUAAAUUUGAAGAUCAAAAGUUAAAAAUUUAGAAAUACUCUUUGGCAGACGAGCGCUGAUUUGGCGCUAUAUCGAAUAUAAGAAAAAAAAAGACUUGUCUAAAACUAAAAAAAAACUUGGCUAAAAAAAUGCAUAAGCUAAUACUGGAGUAAUGCACACUUCGGUGUAUAGUAGAAGUCAGAACAGUUAAAUUCAGGAAAGCAUUCUAGCGUAUGCUACGAGGGCAUUAAAUAGGGGUCUAAACUCAACGAAAACGCAUUUUAAGCAACAAAAUGGUUGUGAAAAGUGGCAUAAAAUUUUGUUUAAAUUUUUCACAACUUUAAACUUGUAGACUAGAAUUUACAAGGCCUUAUAGCGUAUAAGUUUAAGUGAAAGCGCUGAAAAAAUGGGAAGCAAGAACGAGGAUGUUAAGAAGUACCUAUAUUUUUAGUAUGAGCUCCUUGACCCAAAGAGUUUGUAUAGACUCAAGUCUAAAAGAUGCGAUUUAAUGAAGAAAUUUUCACAACAACGCGGCAUGGGAAGAGCAACUGCCGGUGUUCUGCUUUACAAAACUCUUAAAAGUGCUGCUUCGUCUAGUCUAGAGUUGUCACAAAGUGUUGUUGGAAUUUUAAUUUGGUACUUUCCGAGACCGCACAGGGAACGACAGUCGGUUCUACGUAACCGGAACGACCCGGAUUUAUAUUCAGCCAAGAACUGUCACUUCAGCAGCAUUCCUCGUAUAUGCACGGGGAAUGUUUAUGCUGCUACAACAACAACAACAUAGGUUGCGGUUGACCAAAAAACACUUGGAGAAGGUCGAUGCUGCGCGAACUAGCAGAUGCAGACAUCUCAUGGAACGGUGCAAACACAACAGCACAGAACCGUGUACGAUGCAAGAGUAUUGUCCAGGCCCUAUGCUCCCGAGAGGAGUGAACAAGGCGGAAAAAAAAACUUUCUGAGAUUAGGGACAGCCAUAUUUAUGUAUGUAUAUUGGUUUUUUUUUCUUUGUAAAAAAAUUGUCAUUUGAUUUUUAAAUGAAGCAAACUUAAAUAGUAAUUAAAUUUAGAACCACACACACACACACACACAUGUGCAAUGAAUACAAACGAAAAGCAUAAGGCAUAAAUUUGUUUUAAAUAAUGAGAAAAGUUACGUUAAUAUAUAAAUGUAUGUACAAACAUAUAUACAUACAUGCGAGUACGUGUAAAGGAAGAAAAAGGAUUUUAUAAUUUUUUAUUUUUUCAAAAAAAUCAAAUAAAAAAAUUGAAACUUACCAAAAACACACAUACAUAUAUUACAUACUCAUAAAAAUAUAAAAAAAUAACAAUUUUUAGAAAGUACGAAAAUAAGUAAAAAUAUAUUUCAUCACUUUGAACCAUUACAAACAAACAAACAAAAAAAAAAACAAAAACUAAGAACAAAACACAAACUUAAAAAUAAA